AUGCAGAUAUUCAGAACCGUUGAUGCGCCAAUUGAAUGGGAAGAGCACAAUGUUGGGCAGAAAAUAGAUCCUAGAAACCAAAGUUUUCGAACAUGGGAAAGUCUAGAAUUAGUCCAAAAAAUACAAGGUUAUCAUUCGUUGAACUUCACUUUGAGGAAAGAGCUAAACCUUUAUGCCAAUGUUAGACCGUGUUGUAGUCUCCCUGGAUACAAGACUUGGCAUGAUGAUGUUACUCUGAUCACUAUUCAUGAAAACACUGAAGGAGAAUAUAGUGGUCUUGAACAUCAAUUGGUGAGGGCAAUUGUUGAAAGCCUCAAGAUCAUUACUUGUCAAGCAAGUUUGAGGGUGGCCGAGUAUGUUUUUCAUUAUCCCAAGGCCCAUGGAAAAGAGAGUGUCUGCAAUUCACAAAGCUAA